AUGGAAAAGCACGAUGUGCACGAAUUCGAAGAACCCGAUGAGAAUCUCAAACACAAAAUUGAAGACGAAGAUGAUGCAGAGAAGUUGCUCUGCGGUUAUGGAGCAUGUACGCCGAGUUGGCUUCAAGGAUUUCAUAACGCGAAAUGUUUAUUAGUUGUUUUGGGAAUUUGUGCAUUUAUUCAGAGUUUCGUAGUAAAUGCGAUAUUUCCAGUUGGCCUGUCAACACUUGAACGGAGAUUUAAAAUGACGAGUACGCACACCGGAAUCAUCUCAAGUUGGUACGACUUUGCAGUACUCCUAGUCGUUUUCCCGGUCUGCCACUGGGGAAAUAAUGGUCAUAAGGGACGAUGGAUUGGUUGGGGAGGUGUGAUCAUGGCACUGGGCUCAUUGAUUUGUGCUCUUCCCCAUUGGAUGGUUGAUAUCUAUCAUCCGGAUGUUAAUGAUUUGACAAAUCAAACGGAUUUCGGUCAGUGCGCGAAUCGGGACGAUCCAGAAUGUGCUGGAAAACCACAUUCGUCGUGGUUCAAUCCGUAUUUUUGGAUGUUUAUUUUGGGUCAAACCCUCCAUGGAGUCGGCUCAACACCACUUUUCUCAAUCGGAACCACAUAUAUGGAUGAGAAUGUCUCCCAGAAAGCAUCUCCAGUUUAUCUAGCAAUUCAUGCAGUUCUAACGUCUUUUGGUCCAGUUAUUGGAGUAUUUGCCGGAGGGUUUUUGCUCAAUUUGUAUGACGAUUUUGAUCGAGUUGAACGAAUCCCAAUGGAACGUUCGGAUCCAAGAUGGGUCGGUGCCUGGUGGGUCGGAUUUAUCAUUUCCUCGAUAUCAGCUCUUAUGAUUGCUUUUCCUAUAUUGGCUUUUGCUCGUGAACUUCCUGAAGCUAAGAGGCAUCGAGCUAAGGACGUGAAUCAGUGCCACGUGGCGAAUGGUGAUGUUAAUGCAAAAGCACCGAGGGAUUUGAUGAAGCUUCCCGCUUGUGUUUGGAAAAUUCUGAGCAACCCAACAUUCCUCGUUUGCAUUUUUGUUGGAAUAUUCGAGUCGAUCAUUAUCAAUGGAUUUGCCGCGUUUAUGCCAAAAAUUCUGGAAACCCUACUGUCCACUAAUCCAACACUGGCUUCGUAUCUCUCUUCGGUUGUGAUUUUUGCCGCAGCUACUGGUGUAAUGGUUGGAGGUACUAUAAUUCGGCAGUUGAAGCUCCAGGUCGGCGGAAUGUUGAAAAUGAUCAUAGUAUGUCACGUGUUCGCCUUGCUUUUCACCACCGGUCUCCUCAGCCACUGUCCACAACGGGAAUUCGUUGGCAUCAACUUGGGCUAUGAGGAUUUGAGCAUCGAAAAAAUGCACGACUUUAGCAUCUCAUCAACAUGCAAUGCGGAUUGUCACUGCAAAAUGGAGUGGAACCCGGUUUGCGAUCGGAAUACCGGUCAUAUGUAUUAUUCGGCGUGCCACGCGGGUUGUACAGGAAGGACUACGAUUGAUGGCUCAUCACAAUGGUCAGGAUGUGGAUGCUUAACCUCAAACAGCACGUUCCAUAAUCUAAUCCAUGGAAUCAAAGAGCAUCCAGAUGUCCUUAACCAGGGUUACUGUCAUCAAGACUGCGGUUAUCGGGAGUACAUUCUAAUGGUUACACUUUUCAUCACAGUUGUUGCCAGUUUUGCUUCCGGAAUUCCAACUCAGCAAAUCAUGCUCCGUGUGGUCCCAUUCGAUCAAAGAACUCUGGCUCUCGGCGUUAACUGGACAUUUGUUCGUCUGCUCGGAUUUAUUCCCGGAGGAAUUCUGUUCGGAAUUAUCAUCGAUACCGCCUGUCUUGAAUGGGGCGAGAGCUGUGGAAAAGCCACGUCAUGUCUGGUGUAUGACCCGUUUAAGCUUAGUUGGACUAUUACUGGACUUGCAAUUGUUUGUAAACUUCUAUCAAUUCUGGCUACAAUUAUCGGAUAUAUGACAUAUCGACCAUCAGACUUGGAUAAUGCAGGCUCAAUUCAAACGGUGGACAGUCACUGUCACACGGCUCUUCAUCUCGUCGUAAACGACGAUCGGCUCCCCGAGCAGGCGAUUAUUCACGCUAGUUAUGCUCAAAUGUGAUCUGUUGUUUUGUUUUCGCAAACAUUUUUAUUGAUUUUCUCAAAAUAGAGGGGUGUAGCGAUCGAAAAAUCAAAAAAUUUGAAUUCAAACAUAAUUGUAAAUUUUGCGUUUUUUUUCGCGCCAGAAAUACGGUACCCGGUCUCGGCACGACAAUUUCUCGUUAAACGCAAUAAUAUGUGCGCCUUUGAUGAGUACUGUAAUUGGAAACUUUCAUUUUUGUGGAUUUUUCAAUAGUUUUUCGUUAAAAUACUUUGAAAAAAGCUAAAAUAAUUUACAAAUAAAACAUAAAUAAAUUUUUCCAAAUCUGAAAAUCCAUAAAAAUUUCUCUGCAACGAAAGUUUGAAAUUUUUUGAAAAAAAAAGAAUGCGAAAUACCACAAACUUUUCUGAAAUUCGCUAUACCCUUCCUAAAAAUAAUAUACGGUAGUAGAUAAUUCCCGCAUUCUCCCCCAACUCGACAAACGGGUUAUUUCCCCAAAUUCCAUUUUUUUUUUCUCAGCAAUUCUAGAAAUUCUCUACCGUAAAUUAUAACUAAACAUUGCAUACCAAUCAGGUUGUUGUCCCUCACCCACUCUCGGUUGCUUUACUAUUUCACUUUUGUACAUAUUUGAUGAUGAUGAUGAUAAACGUUAUUCA